AUGCUUGGCGUACCCUUCGCAACCACGCCUGACAUGGCCUUGGCUGCUUGGCAUGAAGUCAAUGGAGACGAGCCGGUGCCUGCCCCCCUCGAUGGAGCUUCCGGGGACCAGUUCGUGCCCCACGCGGACGGAUAUCCCAUUACCUUGAAGGAUGGCAUCUCCAGCCGUUUGCGUUUUCGCAAGGAUCCUGCAGAACCUACAGGCUUCCAAGCAGAAUGGAGGGUUGCCAACAGAAGCUUCCCAAUCCCCGAGGGAUUCACUCUAGGACCAGCAGUGUCACGUGUCACUACGUAUUUCCAUGAGCCUCACAUGACAUUGGAGUUUGAUGAUGAGGCACGCGCCUUGCAUUUGUCUUACCAGGGGGGCUUAAACGUGCAAGGCCACGUUUCGCGAGAGAAAGGUGAUACGCAAACGGCGGCUCGCCUUGGUGCUGCACCUUGGCACGUUGGCGUUCUGGCGGCGCUCCUUCUCGUGUAUGAGAUCUUCUGUGGUGUUCAUGGCAACCAGGCUCUGGAGGAACGAAACCUGAAAGUCACCAAAGACCAUUUGCAGCGUGCCUUCUCGCUGCUGAAGUUAGUGCAUCGUUUGAAAGACAUUGCGUUGGGGGACUUGGCCUCCGACCCCGAUGCGGUCACCCCUACUGCGCAAGACCUCCUAGGAAGUGUUUCCGCACCUUGGGCGCAUGAAGACUUUGCAUCCUUCCCAGCAACCCAGCCUCCACCACAAGAUGACAACGGUGCUACUUCAGAUCACGAUGCUCCCCGUGCGCCCAACGCCGCGGACAGUCUCGUGGCCGCGCCGGCCACGCCUACGGUAGAGAAUGCUCCUUUGGCACUUCUGACUGCCAAAGACGUCCGGGCUCUGGAUUACGGAUAUGGCCACAAUGGCAGCAAUGUCCAAGGCAAUCUGCAUGCCCCGCGUUUGACAGACCGCUUCAUUGUUCGGCAGACCUUGCUCAUGGGGACCCCUAAGAUGGAUGCACGUGAGGCGUGCUCACGUCUGCGCUCCGCCAAGAGUGAAGGCAAGAAGGCUUUGCCGAGAGAUAAGUGGAUGAUCGUCAUGAAAGCUGCUGGUGACCAAUGCUCUGUGAUCCGGCUGCAGGAGAAUGAUGGUGGAUCGGUUUCCCUUGCUCUAAAACCACUCCCUUCAGAUGCCGAUGCACGCAUUCGGUAUCACAACGAUUUGAUGCAGCUUUGCGGCCUGAGUUUGCGUGAGCUGACUGAUGCUAUGGCGAAGGCUCAGAAAGCUGCUUCCGAGAGCAAACGCAAGCGCAAGAAGGAGGAUGAAGAUGAGGAAGCGGAGGAUGAGAAGUAG